CUUCUUAUUCUUCUGUGUUAUGAUGCCGACUAGAAAUUUUCACCACACUAUCAUCGUGGUUGCAGUGAUUAUGAUUUUGGUGUCAGCUGAACGCCAAAAUCCACAGUAUUUCGGAAAGUACCAAGCGAUCAGUCACCCUAUCAGAAUCUAUGAGGAGCCCAAUUAUCUGGGCAGGUUAACUCGGCUUUAUUAUCAGGAGCCCAAAAAAGUGUUGGUAAAAGUCUACACGGAAGAGGAAAGAAAGUAUCUGGUUAAACCAGAGUUCGAACGGCAGUUUGCGUCAGAGUUCAGGUCAGACCGAGAGUAUUUAACGAAGGAGGAAGAAUGCGAUUAGAACCGCACCAACGUUUUAGCACUUACUUAUUACACUUUUAUCGGAAUCAGAGUUGUUAUAUUGUUAGCACUUAAUUAACACUUAAUGCUUUAGUAAAAGACAUCCUAAGAUAAUAUCUCUUAAUUUCCAUAAUUCCUGAAUUUAUUUUGCAAACAUGUGUGUCCAAGAUAAUGAGGUCAAUCAUUUCGAUAUUGGAAAUCAUAGAGAUGUGAAGAAGUUUCAAUUAGAAAAAAGUUACAAAUUUUAAAAAGUAAUAACGUGAUGUUGAAAAAACUAAAAAAUUACAAUCACUUCCAAAUAUACGCCACAUUGUUUAAAUUUAAAAAAGGGAUUUUAUUAAAUUUUCAAUGUGUUGCUGAUGCUAAGUAAAAGUAAAAAUGGUGAAAUGAUAGAU